CACGAGGCUGUGAUGAACCGAGCCACAUGGCGAAAGCUUCCCGACUAGAGGAACAGCCCGUUCCCGCGGCGCAGCUCUCCCGUCAAAGGCUACAUUGUGUCCGGUCUGGCAUCCGCUGGCGGCUGCUGCGGACAGGACGGUGUGAUGUAUCUCCCGGUGGGGGAGCUCAGGCUGCCCCCAUGGCUUUAUCUGUUGUUUACACAGCUGGUUUGACGUAGUGGUAAAUAAAUCAAAGGUUGCUGCAGGCAUGGAGCAGAGGUGAGAGUUAAUCCAUGGUUGGCCAGUUACACACCUGCACCGCAUACUCCUGCAGUGCACAGCAUCAUGAUAAGCCUGAUCCUGCCACAGACUCUAUCAUAGCUGCUGCCUAUCUGUCGCCAUGGUGAGAGAGAGCUCCUGGACCUUGACUCUGUUGCCAUGGUGACCCUGUAGCAAGAACCGUGUAACUACAAUCUGUUGCCCUGGUGAUCCCAUAAAAAGACCCAGGUAAUUAUUGCAAUCUGCUGCCAUGGCGAUGUUGUAGAACCGCCCUGUAAAGUCAUAGUCUGUUGCUAUGGUGGUCCUGUAGCAAGCAACAUCUGGCACACCAGUCAGUCAGUAUGGGAACGUCCAGGAUGUUCCGCAUUUUUGUAGUCCUGGGCUCGGCUUUCAUGAUCCUUCUGAUCAUCUUCUACUGGGAUGAUGUCGGAGCCUCCCAUCUGUAUUUGAACACUCCUGUCUCACCGGGCCCCAAAAUCCCACACCCCCACCCCCAGCAGCGAACUCAAACCUCCCGAACCCCGUCCUUCCUAUCCGACAUCGAUGCCUUUGUUAACCAGUUCUUAGAGCCAGGAACUGGUGAGCCCACAGACCCCGUCCCCGCUGAAUCAAGCAACCAAUCAGAGAAAGCCGAAGAACGGUAUAUACCUCGGCGGGAAUGGAAGAUUCACCUGACUCCGGUGGCAGCAGAGCUCCGUGAGAGACAGGAGCAGCGGCGGAGGUUACUUCAGGAGAUGUGUGCUAAUGACAGCGUGGUUUUUCCUGGCAAAAACCGCUCGUUCGAUGACAUUCCCAACAAGGAGCUGGACCAUCUUAUUGUGGAUGACAGACAUGGUAUUAUCUACUGCUAUGUUCCUAAGGUAGCGUGCAGUAACUGGAAGCGGAUCAUGAUAGUUCUUAGUGAGAGCCUGCUGCAUGAUGGCGUUCCCCAGAGAGACCCGCUGGCCAUCCCCAGAGACCUGGUCCACAACAGCAGCAUGCACUUCACCUUCAACAAGUUCUGGAAACGCUAUGGAAAGUUUGCAAGGCACCUCAUGAAGGUGAAGCUGAAGAAGUACACCAAGUUUCUUUUCGUGCGGGACCCCUUUGUGCGUCUCAUCUCCGCCUACCGGAACAAAUUUGAACUACGCAACGAGGACUUCUAUCGCCGCUUCGCACAGGUCAUGCUGCGCCGCUAUGCUAACCAGCCGACACCUCCUGCCUCUGUGGACGAGGCGUUCACUGUGGGCAUCCAUCCCUCCUUCUCCCACUUCAUCCAGUAUCUCCUAGACCCUCAGACAGAGAAGGAGAUGCCCUUUAAUGAGCACUGGCGGCAGGUGUAUCGGCUUUGCCAUCCGUGCCAGAUUCAAUAUGACUUUGUGGGCCACUUGGAGACGGCAGAGGAGGAUGCCGAGCACCUACUACGCCAGUUGCGGGUGGACAAUGUGGUGGAGUUCCCCACCUCUCAUAGGAACCUUACAGCCAGCAGCUGGGAGACCGACUGGUUCAACACAGUGCCUGUUGAGGCACGGAGGGAACUGUACAAGCUGUAUGAACCUGACUUCAGGCUCUUCGGCUAUGACAAACCAGACUCCAUCCUCAAUGAGUGACUCAUAAUUCCCAAGAAACUGACUCAGCCACACUGACGUUUUUUAUGUGAUGAAAUAUUGCAACACUCCAACAACAGUGACACCUCCCUUAGUCAUGGGCUUUGCAGAUGUGUUUUCCAGUCUUGUCUAUGCUACACUGAAUGUGCACAUUAUUAAGAACACUUACUCCUUUAAGGAAGCACAUCAAUUAGGUGAAGCCAGGUAUUAGCCAUUAUCCAUUAUUGUUUUUUAAUUAAAUCUUUACCAAUCACUAAGAUAGCAAGAAGCACACAAGUUAGAGUAGGACGGUUAAGAUAUGGAUUGUGUAACACACAGCUGAGAGAAUAACAGCAGGUGUCCCUAAGAAUCUGUACAUUCAGUGUAGUCUUUGACUCAAUUCAUGUGGAGUCUUUUGUACUCCCAACUCUGAUGUCAUGCCAUGCCUAUCAUUUAGGAAGUCACAGUUCUGCUGUGGCUAACUGUGACAAUCACACGGGCUUUGUAGCAGGAGGUUGCAAAUAAACCUUUGCCGAAGUGAUGUCACAGAACCAUACUCUAUGUUUGCGAUGUCAUAGGAACCGGGGGGAUCAGAAAAAACAACUAGAUUAGUUUUAAAUGUAGUUGCACUAGAGUCAGCUAAUUUAUUUCACAUUGUGUAAGUGCAAUGUUUAUGUUAAGCAUGAAAGGGAUUUUUUUUUUGUUGAACACUUAUGUUGAAAAUACACACUAAUGACAGCUGUCUACUUCAGAAACAGGUAGAAAUCCUUUAUACCUCAUACACACAUUAGGAAGGUAUGUUAUGUUAUGUUUCAUCUCAACAACAAACUUUACUGCUUCAUCAGACCUUCAGACAUUAGGUUUCAGCAUGUAGAAGUUAAUUAAAUGAUAUUAAUAGAAUAAUUUCUGACAGUAUUUUAGCAGCUUGCUUUAUUUGACCAGUUUCAAAGCAUGAUAUGGAUGCCACAUUGUAGCACAGCAGCUCCAGUGAAAACCAACCUAAAUAGCUGGAUUUGUCUCAGCUUGUCUUUGAGGCAUAAAACUGGCGUUCCAACAUUCUUUUGAUUUCAUCUCAGCUGGAUGUGCACGGGUGAGCCUCUGUUAUAUUUUAACAGACAGAGUUUUCAAAUGGGAACAUUUUGUGUUAUUGCUCGUUACCAUGACAGUGUUUUCAUCAGCAUUUGAUCACCUUUGUGUUUUCACGCACAAACUGCAGUUACUGACACUAAACUAUAUGAGUUGACAAGGACUGAGACAGUGUUGUUGUUCCCCCCUGAGUGUGACGAACAUUUUUAUGUUUUAAGGGCAGUAUUUUCAUGGAUUGCAGUGUUCUGUAGAUUGCCUUGUGCAAGAAGCUGAGCACAUUACAUGAAGCCAACAAGGAGUGAUUUUGAGUACGUGCACUACUACUGUGCUGUUUUGAAGAUACAACACUCCGUAAGUUGGGUUGAUGCUAGCAUAUUAAGUAUAGGAUGAGUCUUAAUGUCAGAGUUUCUAAGUACAGGUGUGAACAUGGUUAGAAUCAGGAUUAAUCACAUCAUGAUCUGGAUAUGGAUCUGAUUCCAUGGUUCAUACUGUAUGAAAAGAGUGGAAGAUAAGAUAGUGCCUUUGGUUGCAAAAGUUUACACAGCAAAAAAAGUAUUUUUGUAGAAGGACUUAAUUUUUACUUUGAACACUAUACAGUGACAGCUGUAUGAAGCCACAACAAGGUAUAUUUGAUAUACUGGGCCUUGUUUAUCUUGUGUGAUCAUUAUUUGGGAAGAAUUUGAAACAGCAGAGCCCUUCAGCAGAUUUAUCUAACUGUCUUUCUGGAAAUUUGUGUGAUUCA